UCUGUAUCUGUAUCUGUAUCUGUGUUAAGCAAGCAUGGCGGAUUGUGCGAGUAAGUUCCUCCUAGCUACCGUAUUAGCUCUAUUAUGUUUCUCAUGGACAAUCGCAGCCUCUGACGGGCCAUUUAUUGUCGCACACAAGAAGGCCGCUCUUACUCGACUCAAAUCCGACAUCGAACGGAUUUCCAUCUCCAUCGACAUCUACAACGAAGGAUCUGCGACGGCAUACGAUGUGAGUCUUUAUGAUGAUAACUGGUCUCAAGAUGUAUUUGAAAUUGUCGCUGGUAACACAUCCAUGUCAUGGGAAAGGCUGGACGCUGGGGCUUCUCUCUCCCAUUCCUUUGAGUUGGAAACUAAGAAAAAAACAGUGUUUUAUGGGGCACCAGCGGUCAUAACAUUCCGUAUUCCCACUAAGGCUGCUCUACAGGAGGCAUUCUCAACUCCGAUCCUCCCUCUUGACAUACUAGCUGAUAGGCCUCCAGAGAAGAAGUUUGACUCGGCAAAGAAAUUGAUGGCAAAAUAUGGUUCCUUGAUUUCUGUGAUCUCAAUUGUGGUUCUAUUUGUCUACCUGCUUGCGAGCCCUUCAAAGUCCAAUGCUGCAAAAAAGAAGCGCUGAAUACAAUUAGCUGGCUUGCAACUUGGUCAUUAUUGAGACUAGAAUGCUUGGAAACCUUCAGGCUUAUUCUGUUUGUCCUUGUUAGUCAAACAGUUUAUGUACCAGUUUUAACUUUUACACUUGUAACAACAUCCAAGCAGGUAAUUAGACUGAGAUGUUAGUCUUGGGCAGAUCUCUAAGCUAAGAUUUUUACUUUUUAUGAGAAUUUUGUACUUGGUUCCUUGAA